AAUAAACUCUGACGGAUAUUUGAAACACACAUAUUAGAGAUUAGAACAGUAAAGACCUUACAACGUGAUUAUUACAUUGGAAUACAAUAAGAUAUUAAAGUGUCUAAAAAUGUCACUUCUCUCUCGCAUUGUAAUUGUAAACAAUUUAGACGAAUGUAUUCCCCAAAGAACAUCUGUAAUUAAGAAAACAGAUGAAAGUGAUGUCAUAUAUCUGUUACAUAAUAAAGAUGCAAUAAUGAAAUAUUUAAUUAAGUCAAGCGAUGAAAAUGAAGUUGAUAUUAUUAUCGUUAUUAGUGACACUGACUCUCCUCUUAUACUUGAUUCAAUUAAAAAAGUUAUCAAUAGAAAAGUUGCUGAAAAUAUCGCCACAGUUGUAUUACAACUAGAACAAAAAUUAAGAAAUAUAAUUGAUGGAGUUAUAUGUGGAAUACGACAUAAAACGCUUAUUAUUAAAAUGUGUUGCUCAUUUAAAAUCGCAAUAAAAUGUAUAGAAAAAUGUGAAGCACUGAUAUUAGAAAUAUUUAAAUUAAUCACAAAGAGAAAUGAUUAUACCAGUAUAUUUUUUCUGAAUAAUAAUAAUAUACAAAAAUACAUAAAAAUGGAAGCUAAUCACACCAAAAAAUCUUAUGUUAGCGUAACAGAAGCACAGAAACUAAUACGUAACGUAAUAAUUCAAAGUAAUGAGGAAAUAGAGUCGGAAUGUGUAAGUGUACGCGAUGCUUAUGGCAGAAUAUUAUUAGACGACAUAUAUUCCAAAUGUAACGUGCCAUCGUUUAGGGCUUCUGCCAAACAUGGUUAUGCAAUAAAGGCAAAUGAAGAAACAAAUAGAAAAAAGAUAUUAAAAGCAGGAACAUCCUCAUUGGAACCUAACACGUGCGUAUGGGUAAAAACUGGAGCACCUAUGCCUUGUGGGGCGACAGCAGUUGUACAAAUUAAAAAUAUAAGGAUAAUAAAUAAAAAACAUGACACAGUGCAAUUGCAUCGUGUUAUAUCAUCUAACGACAUUGAAAAUUUAAUACAUAACAGUGAUAAUAAUAGUAUUGAGGAAGAAGAAAAUACUGAUAAUAUUGAAGAAGAAAUCGAAAUAAUAAUUCAUCCAAAAGAAGGGGAAAAUAUGAGAUUUACUGGUUCCGAAAGAAAGAUUGGAGACAAAAUUUUGAAUAAAUACACACGUAUUGGACCACCGGAAAUAGGACUUUUAGCAUCUUGUGGUUGGAAAGAAGUUACAGUCAUUAAACUCCCAUCUAUAGGCAUAUUGUCCAUGGAAGAUAAGUUAGAAGAACCCGGAAAGCCUUUAAGAUCAAAACACGUUUAUGAUGGCAACAGAUUGACUCUUAUCACAUUAUUAAAACAGGAAGGUUUCAAUGCUUUGGAUUUCGGAAUUAUGAAUUGCGUGUGGAUGCCUAGCACAUUAUGUAAAAUUACAGACAUUUUAGACAAAAUAAAUGUGCUUGUAAUAACUAGUAAUACAAAUGAUAAUGAUAACAUAAAGUUGCUUUUAGAGGAAUGUUUUGAGGCUACUAUACAUUUUGAUUGUGUAAACGUAAAACCCGGAAAAUCAACAAUAUAUGCAACCUGCAAGUUGAACAACAGACAGAAAUAUUUCUUCCAUUUAUCGGGAAAUCCGGCAAACGUUCUCACUGUUGCACAUUUAUUUCUUUUACCCUUUUUGAACCAGAUGCGUCGCAAUAUAUCGCCCGUCAUAAUACCUACUUGUCUAAUGAAUGCAUAUACGAAGCCUUCGCGUCCUAGUUUUAUAUGGACACAUUUAAAAUGGGACCCGGAAGAGAGAGAUACAUUUCCAAGGGCUUACAUCGUGAAAACUCUAAGUCUAUUUAAGUCUCAUAAAGCUAAUGCACUCUUAAUGCUACCAGCAAUUUUUGAUUCGGAAAUAUCACUCCGACCGGGUACAUUUGUACCAGCAUUAUUUCUUGAUUCUAAAUAAUUCUGUCAAAUUAUUUCUAAUUAAAUUGAAAGCUUUCUGAGCGCAAAGACAUAUAAGACUAUUA